UUGCAUCAUUUCCAUUAUUUUUACCCUUGGUUUCCAGCUGCUCCCCCCAUGUGUGACUCGCCGCCAAUAGUAAUGGACUCUGUCUCGACAGAUUCCAAUUACUACACGCCAUCCUAUUCUCCUCGCUCACCCGCUCUGCCUCCAGAUAAAAUUGACAGCUGCGACCUUGAGCGAACCACAGUGCGGUGGGCUCUUCAACUAUCGUCGGACGUUUUGCAACAGAUUCGCGAUGGACGAAGAGUAAGUGAUGGAGAAUGGUCUGCCGCUCUAUGUGCUGCAGACCUGUGCAACGACUUGUGGCCCUCAGAGGCCCCAGCUGCGGGACGACCAGUCACCCCCGCGAUUGAAAAAGCACAUCUUAAUACAGACCAGAAGGCUCACCCGCUACGGCGCAAAUCAAACUCGCGAGCAGCUGUCCUUCCCCCCGAACUCAUUAGGACCAUCUUCAGCUACGUUGAUUCAUCCCGCUCUCCACAUCACUCCCCCACCGCCGCACAAGAACGGGCAGGAAAGCAAUCAACUCUAUUGUCUUGUCUCUUGGUAAAUCGACACUGGUACAGUGUCGCCUCGGCCCGACUAUGGAGAAAUCCAUAUUUGCCAUCACUGGCUGUCCUCCUUCGGCUCGUCUUCUGUACCCGGCUUAGCUCCCUCAACAAGCGGACCUCCUUAGGGAACAAGGUCUACAGACUGGAUCUGUUUCGCUUGCGUUUAAGAGAACCUGCCGCCACUUCGAUGCUUCAUGUGAUUGCACGCAGCUUUCCAGAGCUGAGAGUUCUCCGGCUAGACAUUCGACAGUUCACCGCCAGAACAAUAAACUAUCUGUUCGAGUGUUGCAGACACCUACAUACUUUUGCUCUCCGCGGGGAUCCUAACGCACAUACUGGCAGAUAUGGUAAAGAGGAGGACUGGGCUCCGUCGAAUGUCGUGCACUUUGUUGCAGGACUUGGAAAGCUGAAGGCCUUGGAUUUGCAUAACAUGAAGCGGGAUGAGCGGACGGCCACAAUAUACCACACUGUCAUGAAUUCGGUAGGCAGCAACCUGAGACAUUUGAACCUUGGCCGUACUUGGGUAUUGGACGAUGUUGUCAUCGGAAUUGCACGGCGAUGUUCGCAGCUUGAGACCAUUGUGUUAGAAGAGAACCUGGAAAUCACCGACGUUGCGAUAAAGGCAUUAGCAGAAUCCUGUCCUCAACUGCGGUUUGUCAAAUUGCGUAAUUGCAUUGGAAUAGGCGAUGAAGGAGUAACAGCACUUGCCCUGAGCUGUCCCAAUCUCGAGGCCCUUGGCAUCAGCUAUUCACGAUGUACCGAUCGAUCGCUAAAAGUUGUUGCUCGAAGUUGUAAGAAUCUGCACACGUUGUUUAUGAACGAUCUAUGGUUGGAAUCGGAGGACACAUUGAUUGAGCUGGUGGAGCGACGCGGCGCGCGGCUUAAAACACUGGGAAUGUGUGGGUGCGAGGUGGUUUCCGAUCGCUUCAUCCAAGCGGUUGCCAAAAAUUGCCCGGUACUACAGGAGCUGGAUAUUGCAGGUUGCGGCGGUGAUGAUGUGCCCCAGCCAAUCACCCAAGCUUCACUGGAGGAACUAAUGAGUGGAUGCACGCGAUUAAGAUCCUUAUUAGUAAAUGGGAUCGACGGGCUAUCAGAUGAGUUUGUUUUGCAAUUGUCGCGUCAGAUAUGGACCGAACAAUUUUGGCUGGAACCACCAGAGGAGUUAUCAGGUACCUAGUAGAAUGGUGCCUAGUCAGUGGUCUGCAUCAGCUAGGAAUACGUAUUAGGAUACCAAACUAAAUUAUUAGAGAUAGGAGGGCGUUCCGAGUGCCACAUUGAACUGGACGUUGCCAAUCGUGAAUAUAUUUCGUAAUAGGUGUACUGCUCUAAAG